UGUCAUUUGGACGUAAUUGCAAUGAGGAGCAAUGAGAAGGGUCACAAGACACUUGUGAAGUGGGGUUGAGCCAGAGGGAGAGAGAGAGAGGAGGAGGAGGAGUAGAGGGAAAACCAUCCUCCGUCCUGUAGAUCCAUCAGUGGGCAGGCUGGAGACGGAUGAAAGCUCUCCUCCCAUCCUUCUCUGCUGCAUCCAUCCGCUCUCUUAUCCAUCCAUCUAACCAUCCACCACCCCAUCCACCUAUUCAUCUCCAAGGGCGUCUCAAGGGGUGACAAGACCCGACUGAACGGCAAUGUAUACGCGGACGCGUGCGUGUGCGUGAGUCAUCCGUGUGCGUGAGCCUCUGCGCGCGUCUGGUCUUGUCUGUGGAACCUCCGACAUGAGGGGCUGAAACAGAACCGACAGAAGGAUGAAAAUGCUCCGGUUUCGCAGCCCCAGCCUCCGCUCCUUGGACCAGGAGAUACUCUGUACGAUCCGGUUACUGGACGACUCCGAGAUCUCCUGCAGCAUUCAGAGAGACACCAGAGGCCAGUUCCUGUUGGACCAUGUGUGCAAUCACUACAACCUGCUUGAGAAAGACUACUUUGGUAUUCGAUAUGUAGAUCCCGAGAAACAAAGGCACUGGCUGGAGCCCAAUAAACCCGUAGUGAGGCAGAUGAAGUCUCAGCAGCCGUACACGAUGUGCUUCCGGGUCAAGUUUUACCCGCAUGAGCCAAUGAAAAUCAAGGAAGAACUCACCAGGUAUCUCCUGUACCUUCAGUUGAAGAGAGACAUCUAUCAUGGUCGUCUACUGUGUCCUUUUGCUGAAGCUGCAUAUCUGGGAGCCUGCAUCAUACAGGCUGAGCUUGGGGACUAUGACCCAGAGGAGCACCCAUCAGACUACAUCAGAGACUUCAAGCUGUUCCCUAAACAAUCCCUCAAACUGGAGAGGAAGAUAAUGGAAAUUCACAAGAAUGAGCUCAGGGGCCAGUGUGCUGAACUAGCAGAGCUGAACAUGCUCCAAAGGGCUCACAGUCUUGAAACAUAUGGAGUCGACCCUCACCCAUGCAAGGACUUUACAGGCUCUACUGCCUUUCUUGGGUUCACAGCCACAGGUUUUGUGGUCUUCCAGGGAAACAAGAGGAUUCACCUCCUCAAAUGGGCUGACGUUAGCAAGCUGAAGUUUGAAGGAAAAACCUUUUACGUCAUUGGCAUUCAGAAAGAGUCAUCUCUGAAGAAGCUGGUGUUGACAUUUCACACCUCGACCCCUGCAGCGUGUAAGCACUUAUGGAAGUGCGGGGUGGAGAACCAGGCCUUUUACAAGUGUGCAAAGUCAAGUCAGAUAAAAACAGUUUCCAGCAGUAAUAUCUUCUUCAAAGGCAGCAGGUUCAGAUACAGUGGCAGAGUAGCCAAGGAAGUGAUAGAAGCCAGCUCCAAAAUUCAGAGAGAGCCACCAGAAGUGCGCAGAGCUCAGUUUGGUCAGAGUCGAAGUUUUAACUCUCUGAGCCAUAAAAAUCUCAUCAUGAACAUGGAACCUUUGGUACCUGCACUGCCCUCCACCAACGAAUACGAAGAGACGGCCGUAGACAGUGGUGUUGCUGCUGUGAAGGACUCGGUCCCCUUGUCUCCUCUCAAAUCUUCAGCUGGGUCUGCAGAUGCAGAGCAGCAAAGUACUGAAGCAGGAAACUCUGCUUCGGGCAAUGACUUGCAGCCUCGUGUUUCCAUGGAAACCUCAAAUCUCCGACCUCAGACGCCCAAAGCUGAACAUGAAUUGGAGGAAGACGAUGAGGCCAGCGGCACACUGAUCAUUUCUGAGCUUACUUACAGUCCCUGUGCCAGCAUGCUUCCCACCCCAGUGGACGACAGCCAGGGAGGAGUCGACUUGCUCUUCUCCUCUCCAGUUCAAAGCCCCGCCAGGUUGCUUAGGGAGCUCCAUGCUGAUCCUGACAUCCAGGCCCAGCUGGAGGCCGAGAGGGAGCGAGACAGGGCCUAUGAGCGCACCCGCCUGGCUGCGAGAAGUCGAAUGAGCGGAGUCCUGACCAGCAGUCUGCGCCUGCUGUCAUCCAAUGACAGAGUCAAUGCUUGCGUGUUGAGUGUGGCCCGCUUUGUCGCUGUGGUAAUGGGGGUCCUGCUCGUCACCGUGCCCACACUGCUGCUGCUGCUGGAGUCAGAUAUUGACGUGUCCUUCCUCCAUGAGAUCCGGCAGACACCGGAGUUUGAGCAGUUUCACUACGAGUAUUACUGCCCGCUCCGACGCUGGAUCCUGUGUAAGAUCACCAUGGCCAUGGAGAACCUGUGGUCAGACUGAGAAGGGAAAAGACAUUCAGAAAAAGAGCAGAGAGAAGAGGCACUGUGAGGAAAACAAAUACGUCCAAGUGUAUGUCUUAACAUGUGAUUUAAUCUUAUAUUUAAUCUAGUAUUCAGCCAAAACACCAGUCUGCCAAAGAGAUGAAAUGAGACUGUAGUUUAUGCAACACUACAUUGGCUCACAAAAUUCUUGUUGGAUGUUUCAUUCAAAAAAUCAAUUACACUUCUGUCAGGAUCCCUAAAAUGAGGCAAAAACACUGGGACAAGAGCAUUUGUUUCACCUCUUUGGCUGCGUAAUUUUGCUGAUUGGAAGAGAGAAAUACGAUUUUAAUAGUAGCAUUUAGUCACUUGUUAAGAUAAACACUUCAGAUAGUGAUGAAGUGAAAAGAUAGAGGACAGUAAUGCUCAAGGAGGAACUUGUGGAAAGGGAUGUAAUGGACAUAGAAGAAGUCCCAAAAAGAAGAAAUUUGAAUGGCUGUUCACUCCUGAUGCUGAUAAGUUGAUGCGGAGACUCUCCACAAACCUUUCUGAUUGGUUCCUGUCCUUGGAGCACCUGAUUGGUAACAGAGCCUGUCAGUCAUGACGGAGUGGGUGGACGCAGAAAGCUAUGAUUGAUUAGUCACUGAACAACAACAUCCACAGUCAGAGGUACAUUAUAUAAAUAUAUACAUAUAUAUUUAAAAAACAAAAAAAACAAGAGAUAUUGAUAAUAAUGCCAAUUAAAAAAACUUGUUUUUAACAUUUUGUACAUUUUUAUGUGAUCAGAUCUUUCAGGAAUUUUUCAGUCAGAGGAUCUACUUUGAGCUUAUUUUCAAAUUAAUAGUUUACAAAAGAUUACAAAAAAAAGCGAAUUUGCUGAGAUUUAUCAGGGUGUGAGUGUUGAGAAACUAUUUUUUAGGACUACCACCAACAGUUGUUGGCUUGGUAGCACCCUGGCUUUUUCCUACAGAGGCUAUAGCACAAAUCUUUUACACAGAUCACUGAUUACAACUGUUUCAGAUUACGUGAUGUCAUUUUGGAAAGAUGAGGAAGGCCGGAGAAAAACUCUCAGCUUUUUUUCUUUGAUAAAAUGUGUUUCGAUGAAAGUGUAAAUGUCAUCUGAACUAAAUGUUAGCUCAUUAGUUUACGGUCGCUCAUGCAUCUUCAAACAGUGUGGACAGAGUCUGCGGUAAAUGUAUGAAAAAAGGAAGAAAAGGUUACAUGGAAGUUUAUGAGGGAAAAUGAUCGUGGAAUUGAGGUUCGUUUUUGAUUAGUCAGCAGUGUGCUACUUCACAGGGAGCUGUGCAUAAGUUUCAGGAGAAACUAAAGAUGGGUUGGUGUGGCUGACUCAAAAGAGUGUGCUCCAACGACACUGUGGGACAAGUGAUGCGUGUAAUGGCCUGAAACCGCUCAUGAAGGUAAUGUAUUGGCGCGGUUGCAGUUGCAGUUAUUAAUCUUGCAGAAUAAGAUCAGCAGUUUGGUCACAGACACAGUCAUUGGAGUACAUUUCUAAAAGCUUCUGUGGUUGCAUCAUGUUGAGUAUUUAUCUUUGGAUGUGACCAAAGACAGAGGUAUCAUGUUGCACUGUAGACACAGUGAAUCAUGGUAUUCUGGUUUGAGGAGAUUUAAGGUUCUGUUCAUGGAUAUAUACUUCUGAUUUGGCUUAAGUAUUUACCCCGACCAGUCACCAAAUAAACUAAAACCUCUUUCCUAGCACUGUAUAGGCCCCACAGGUACUGGCAAAAUCCUCUGAGAGUGAGCAUUAAUGAUCCUCUGUUUCCUGGGAAUGCUUGAUCAGAUUGGGACCUAAGGAUAUUGGAUGACAGGUCAGCACUGCUUUAUUUGCUUUACUUGAUAGAUAUCAAAGUAUAUUAACACGAAGGCCUACAGUUUCAUAGCGAAACAGUCCCUAUUCACUUCAGGUGUGAGUGUUUGCAUAGACUCAUCAUCAUAUCAUGAUAAUCUGUGGAUUUUAAUGAUUUCUUUGAGCAGUUUUUUCAGGGUGGAAUGAUUU